UUUUAAUCCUCAAAAAGUAUUUCGAGUCUAAUACAAUACCCUACCUUUAGGUUUUGCCAAUUCGCCGAAUCGGAGGAAGAAUUUAGGAGAAUGGCGAGUAAUUUGAACCCUAACUGGGCUCAGCUCCUCGAGACACUUAAAAGCAAUGGCUCCAAUAAACAUUUUUCGAAGCAUUCACAGAGAUCAGAUGGAGCAACCGAAAAGACUGUUUUGGGCAAGCGGAAGGAGAGGUCGAAUGACAAUUCUGAAGCUGUAAAACCCAAUCCUUUGGUUCCCAUUUCCUCUGAUUGCAGUCUCACAGAUGUGGUGGCCAUGGAUUGUGAAAUGGUUGGUGUCAGCUCUCUAGGCAACAAGAGUGCUCUUGGACGAGUCGCACUGGUAAACAAAUGGGGAAAUGUUAUAUAUGACGAGUAUGUUCGUCCUUUGGAUCAUGUAGUUGACUUCCGUACAAAAAUUAGUGGAAUUCGACCUCGUGAUUUGAGGAAAGCAAAGAAUUUCAAUGUUGUCCAGAAAAAAGUAGCAGAGUUGAUAAAGGGUAGGAUCCUUGUUGGUCAUGCGUUACACAAUGAUCUUAAGGCACUUCUCUUAAGUCAUCUGAAGAAGGACAUACGAGAUACCUCAGAAUAUACGCCUUUUCUAAAGGAAGGGCGAAGUCGCUCACUAAAGAAUCUCGCAUCCCAAUUUCUCGAUGUUGAGAUUCAAAAUGGCGAACACUGCCCAGUACAAGAUGCUAGAGCCGCAAUGCUACUUUAUCAGAAAAACAGAAAACAAUGGGACCGGAGUAUCAAGGAUUUCAUCAGGCUGAAGGAAAAACAGAAAAAACGAAAACAGAAAAAGAAGUUGAAGCACGGAGAAUCAUAAAAUGUUGUAGCUUCUUCUGUCGUGCAACUAUAUUUACACCAGAACUGGUUAAAUGUAUCUAAAGCCUGAUCGGAAAUGUGAAAACUCAUAAAACCAGUGAAGAAAGGAAGCUGCAUCGAUGGGGAAGUCAUUAGAGAAAGAAGAGAACUGAAUUGCUCAGCUGAAUUCUGCUGUUGAAUUCUUUUGCAGGUGUUGUAACUUCAGUAAAAGUGAUAUGCAUAAUUUUUAUAACGUUAUUGUGUGUCACGAUGUGUCUGCAUUGGUGCUUUCGUGUGCCAGAUGUGCCUGCGUUGGUGCCUCCUAUUUAAAGUUUUUGAUUAAUUUUUGAUA